CCUUUUGGCUACGUGGAAGUAGCUUCUCUUAUGAUCGAGGCUGAGAGCAUCUUUUGCUUCUCCUCCGUCAACUUCAUUCCGACACAAUGAUUAAAAAGUUUGAUAAGAAGGACGAGGAGUCUGGAAGUGGGUCAAACCCUUUCCAACAUCUGGAGAAGAGUGCCGUUUUGCAGGAGGCACGCAUCUUUAAUGAGACUCCCAUCAACCCAAGAAGAUGUCUCCACAUACUCACCAAGAUUAUUUACCUCCUCAACCAGGGGGAGCAUUUUGGGACCACGGAGGCCACCGAGGCCUUCUUUGCGAUGACCAGGCUCUUUCAAUCCAAUGAUCAAACCCUGAGAAGGAUGUGCUACCUGACUAUCAAAGAGAUGGCCAACAUCUCUGAGGAUGUCAUCAUUGUCACCAGCAGCCUGACCAAAGACAUGACUGGGAAGGAAGAUGUGUACAGAGGACCUGCUAUCAGAGCACUUUGCAGGAUUACAGAUACCACCAUGCUGCAGGCUAUUGAGAGAUACAUGAAGCAGGCUAUUGUUGACAAGGUGCCCAGUGUGUCCAGUUCAGCCCUGGUCUCCUCACUGCACAUGGUGAAGAUGAGCUACGAUGUGGUGAAGCGCUGGGUGAAUGAAGCCCAGGAGGCUGCUUCCAGUGACAAUAUCAUGGUCCAGUACCAUGCCCUGGGUCUGUUAUAUCACCUAAGGAAGAACGACCGUCUCGCUGUGACCAAGAUGCUCAACAAGUUCACCAAGUCUGGUCUCAAGUCUCCCUUUGCUUACUGCAUGCUCAUCCGGAUUGCCAGCAAACUGCUGGACGAGACAGAGGGAGGUCACGACAGUCCCUUGUUCGACUUCAUUGAGAGCUGCCUGAGGAACAAGAAUGAAAUGGUUGUGUACGAGGCUGCCUCUGCCAUUGUCCACAUGCCCAACUGUACCGCUAGAGAGCUCGCACCCGCUGUAUCAGUGCUGCAGCUGUUCUGUAGCUCUCCCAAAGCAGCCUUAAGAUACGCAGCAGUCAGGACCCUCAACAAGGUGGCCAUGAAGCAUCCGUCAGCUGUGACUGCUUGCAACCUGGACCUGGAGAACCUGAUCACCGACUCAAACCGCAGCAUCGCUACCCUGGCCAUCACUACUCUGCUCAAAACCGGCAGUGAGAGCAGCGUGGACCGACUCAUGAAGCAAAUCUCCUCGUUUGUCUCUGAGAUCUCAGACGAGUUCAAGGUGGUGGUGGUGCAGGCCAUCAGCGCUCUGUGUCAGAAGUAUCCCAGGAAACACAGUGUCAUGAUGAACUUCUUGUCCAACAUGCUCCGAGACGAUGGCGGGUUCGAGUACAAGCGGGCCAUCGUGGAUUGCAUCAUCAGCAUCAUCGAGGAGAACCCAGAGAGCAAGGAGACGGGUCUGGCUCACCUGUGCGAGUUCAUCGAGGACUGCGAGCACACUGUGUUAGCCACAAAGAUCCUGCACCUGCUGGGCAAAGAGGGUCCACGCACGCCCCAGCCCUCCAAGUACAUCCGCUUCAUCUUCAACCGAGUGGUGCUGGAGAGUGAGGCGGUUCGUGCAGCUGCUGUCAGCGCUUUAGCUAAAUUUGGAGCUCAGAAUGAUGAUCUGCUGCCAAGUGUCCUGGUUCUCAUGCAGAGGUGUAUGAUGGACAGUGAUGAUGAGGUGCGUGACAGAGCUACUUUCUACAUGAACGUGCUACAGCAGAAACAGAAGGCACUUAAUGCUGCGUACAUUUUCAACGGUUUGUCGGUUUCCAUCCCCGGCCUGGAGAAAUCCCUUCACCAGUACACGUUGGAGCCCACAGAGAAACCUUUCGAUAUGAAGACCGUACCUCUCGCCACCACUCCCAUCUCAGAACAGAAAUCAGAAAUCGCCCCUGUUGCUACCAGCAAGCUGCCAGAGAAGAUGGCCCCAUCACGCCAGGACAUUUAUCAGGAACAACUGGCGUCCAUCCCAGAGUUCCAGUCCCUCGGCCCGCUCUUCAAGUCUUCUGAGUCGGUGCAGCUGACUGAGGCCGAAACGGAAUACGUUGUGCGCUGCAUCAAACACACCUUCGCCAGACAUAUGGUCUUCCAGUUCGACUGCACAAACACUCUGAAUGACCAGCUCCUGCAAAAGGUCGUAGUACAGAUGGAGCCAUCAGAGUCUUACGAGGUGAUACACUACAUCCCCGCCGCCAACCUCGCCUACAGUCAGCCUGGUUCUUGCUACACUCUGGUCCGCCUGCCUGACGACGACCCCACCGCUGUGUCUUGCACAUUCAGCUGUACUAUGAAGUACCUCGUCAGAGACUGUGACCCCAACACAGGAGAGCCUGACGACGACGGUUACGACGAUGAAUAUGUGCUGGAGGAUCUUGAGGUGACAGUCGCAGACCACAUCCAGAAAGUUUUGAAACCAAACUUUGGAGCAGCCUGGGAGGAAGUGGGAGACGAAAAUGAAAAGGAGGAGACUUUCGCUUUGGCGUCUGUACGCACUUUAGACGAGGCGGUGGGUAACAUCAUCAGCUUCCUGGGAAUGCAGCCAUGCGAACGCUCGGACAAAGUUCCCGAAAACAAGAACUCGCACGUCCUCUUCCUUGCUGGUGUGUUUCGGGGAGGUCACGAUGUGCUGGUUCGUGCCCGCCUGGCGCUGGCUGACGGCGUCACCAUGCAGGUGACGGUUCGCAGUAGUGAAGAGACGGUCGUCGAUGUCAUCCUGGCCUCCGUGGGCUAAACGGCUGCUUGGUGCAGCUUCGUGCCAACGCAACCAAAAGACUUCAUCUCUACACGACGAAAAGGAGUCAUCACAGAGUACUUUUUCACAGCCGUAACAUUAUAAUGCUAUAUUGUGAUUGUUAUGCUGACACCAUUCAACCUGAAAACCUACAUAAAUGUUUUAUUAUUUCUAGCAUAUAAACUUAAAAGCGUUUCUUUAUACUGUCUGCUGGUCUUUAUGUUUCUCUGCUGUAAGAAAAUCAUCUUACAUUUGUCAAAUCUAUAAUAAAUUCUGACUGUGC